CUGCACAUGGCAGGAGACAGCGAAGCGGACUUUCGCUCGUUGAUUGUGCGUUUAAAAUGCUUUCUCUAACCAUAAGAGAGCUUGCCACGCAUUUUAGGAGCAAGAAAUAUUCACCGUUGGAAGUAUGUUCGGCCUGUCUAAAAGAUAUCAAAGAAACCAGCUAUCUGAAUGCCUUUGUAACGGUGUUAUCUGAGGAUGCCCAAGAGCAAGCAAAGGAAAGCCACGAACGUCUGGCCAAGAAUGUACCGUUAGGGCCCUUGGAUGGCGUUCCGAUUGCUGUGAAAGACAACUUCUGCAUGUCUGGUGUAAGGACAACAUGUGGAUCGCGAAUGCUCGCCGACUUUCACCCACCUUACACUGCGACUGUUGUCGAGAGUCUUCGAAAACAAGGCGCGGUCAUCCUUGGCAAGACGAACAUGGACGAGUUUGGAAUGGGCUCCGGUGCCACUGACUCCACUUUUGGACCGACUAGGAAUCCGUGGAAGUAUCUAGGUAAGAACGCGUUGGAUGAGUGGCAUAUCGCUGGUGGCAGUUCCGGCGGCAGUGCAGUCUCCUGUGGCGGCGGGUUGUGCUUCGGUGCUUUGGGCUCUGACACUGGUGGUUCCACGCGCAACCCAGCGUCACGGUGCGGCGUGAUCGGACUGAAACCCACGUAUGGAGCACUUUCUCGGCAUGGGCUCAUCCCGCUAACAAAUUCCAUGGACGUUCCCGGCAUAUUAGCGAAAACAGUCGACGAUGCCGCCUUGUUGUUUAACGUUAUGGCUGGCGUCGACGAAAACGACUCCACUUGUGUGUCUCUUCCCGAGCACGCGCGGAAUCUGGAGUUGGACGACGAGCCGUCGCUUUCCGGCAUCCGAGUUGGCGUUCCGAGAGAGUAUCACUGUCCCGGCAUGGCGCCCGAAGUAGUAGAUACUUGGCGCUACGUGGCCGAUAAAUUGGAUUCCUUAGGCGCCGUCGUAUCCUCAGUGUCUUUACCGCACUCUCAGUAUUCAACAGAGUGUUAUUCGGUGCUCAACUGUUGCGAGGUGGCAUCGAACUUCGCUCGUUACGAUGGUCUCGAGUACGGGCACCGCGCUGACGACGACUCUUCAACGGAAGCCCUGUACGCAUCUUCGAGACACGAAGGAUUUAACGAAGUCGUUCGAGGCCGAAUACUGGCUGGAAACUUUUUCCUGCUGCGCAGAAACUACGACAAGUACUUUAUGAAAGCUCUGCAAGUGCGUCGCUUGAUAUGCGAUGACUUCAAGAGGGUGUUCGAAUCUGGUGUUCAACUGCUUUUAACGCCUGUAACUCUCACUGAAGCGCCUAAGUAUUCAGGCUGGGCACUUAAGGACAACAGGGAGAGAGUGUCUGUCGAAGACUUUUGCACACAACCAGUCAACAUGGCUGGCCUUCCUGCAGUCAGCCUGCCCUGUCGCCUCUCACAUAACGGUCUCCCGCUGAGCCUGCAGCUCAUUGCUCCCAGGUUUGCAGAACGGGACCUGCUGUCUGCUGCUAAGAGACUGGAGCUAGAGCUUCAGUUUCCCCGGCUGGACUUGCAGCUCCACGCGUGCAGCCAGAGUAGGAAUGCUGCGUCUGGAUCAAUUUUGUAAUUCAGUUCCUCUCCUAUGUAGUUACGUUCAGUGAAUCUUCGAAAAAAGAUUCCAGGAGCAGUCGCAGGCCCACCAAUAAAGCUCCAAUCCUUACUAAUUUGUGCUUGCUAUUCCGUCCUGUUUCAUACAUUUUCGAAUGUUGUAUGGUACACAAUAGCCGGUUGCAAAUUAACUGUAAGAGGAUGUUUCCUCUUUUUGGUAAUUUGCAGAGAUUUAUGAAAGGAUUCAAGCACACUUUCAGUUACUUUAGAAAAUAUAUAUGUGGAAUAGUUCGGUCACUUGUGAGUUGGGUCAAUAUUACUGAAGUAGAAAAAUGUUGACAUUUAGGCACAUCAUGAUAGGUUGUACUGUUGCUGUUAACACCUAAGGCAAAAAAAAAAGCUUUAGAUGUCAAAUGCAUAUGACCAGCACAGCACCAUUAUACAUACAACUUAAUACCAACAUUAUCACAUGCACUGUGACAUGGCAGCAUCAUCAUAUUUGUGCACGUGAAUUCCCGUUGGACUGGUUGUAUUCUGGUUACAUGUCAUAACUGCUGCUGAAAAUUGGCCACUUUCAUCACUGCAUGCAUUGGCUGUGUAUUUAGCUUUAUCACAUCUUACGUGUGCUCGGUCUUACAGCAGUGAACAAAAAGAUAUUGUGGUUUCCUGUGAAAAAGUCAUUACCUACGUUCCCAAGCUAUUAUUUGCUGCUGUUGUUUUCGAUGAUGUUAAACAGGGUGUGCACUGGUGCAGCCAUCAGGACAGAGAUGUAUAACAUUUUGUUUAUUGACGGUGCCAUAAAGCUCCACUUUCCACUUACUUCAUUUUAUGGUGCUCACUAUUGCCUACCUUUCCGAGUUUGUGUGCAAGUGGAUGUGUGUGUGGUUUCUUUUUUCUUUUUAUCUUCCUUUCAUCUCUUGUAUAUUUAUACUGUAGUAGCAUCCCAAGUCUUUUGCUUGGCUGGCCCCCUCCACUUAUCAUUAAAAUUUCCCUCGCCAUUGUGCACAUAUUUUUCCACAUGGUUGUUGUAUACAGUUUCCUUGUAAUGCAUUCUUGGAAUACACAAGUUGUGUGCCCGAUAGGUGGGCUAUGCGGUGUGAAAAACUUAACAUGGCAAUGCGUUUUCAAGAGACUAUUGCCCUAGGCUAGUUGUCUAGCAUAAUACAGCACCAACAUUCGGCACAGUUUAACUUCAUGACCCCAAAAAUAUGGUAUCUUUUUUGUUCACUGCAUUACAUGUGUCCCUCUCAUACUUGCACAUUAACCCAUUGGCUUCCAAAACUGGCGAAUCGCCAGGGGCCAUAUUGCCAACGCUGGCAAUUUGCUGGAUGGGUGGUAUUGUUGGUUUAAAGAGCUAUUCUUACAUAGGGGGGCGGGGUAGCCAAUAUAAGCUGGACUAGUUUGCAAUUGUUAUUGAUAGAUGCAACUUGGGGUUUAUUCAAGAUGGUGAGAUUUUUUAUUUUUAGUUUAUUUGUCAAACAUUUGUGCAUGUGUAGCACACGUUCUGACACAUAUAUGCCUCGAAGCAGUGCAGUGGGCACAUUUUCCACAUGCUAUUCCACUGAUCCUGGCAAACAAUAUCCAUCAUGGCAGUGUGAAAAGCAGGGUAAAAAAAAAGGGACAACAUGUGAGAGUGUCAAAAAUGCGGUGCUGCUCCCCACAUCCCUUAGUGCUUCAAGCUUUUCCGCUCACAAAUGAAUCUGCGACUGGCAGCUAGGUUUCUGAACUGAACAAUGCUACUUUAUAAUGUAAAUAAAAUAUUUAUUUCCAUUUUGAAGCGUUAAUUAGUGUACAGUAUUGUGUAACGAGCACGACAACGGAAGUUCCUCCGGUGUCAUACUCGUUGAGGAAAGCAGAAGCCGAUUAGCGUCAGCCCCACUUUGCGCGCUC